AUGGAAGAUUCAACAGCUGAACAUCUCUGUGUGCUGGUCCACGGACUCUGGGGAAAGCCCGCACACCUCGACUACGUCGCAUCUGCACUUAAAGACACAUUUCAAGAUAAUGUCCAUAUUCUGUGCCCCAAGGCCAACACUGGAAACUAUACAUAUGAUGGAAUUGAACUCGGCGGGGAACGAUUGGUGCAUGAGGUGGAGGAAACCCUCGAAUCGUUAGCUGAGCGUGGCCAGAAGAUCACCAAGAUCAGCAUUGUCGGAUAUUCUCUUGGUGGUCUUCUGGCACGAUAUGCCAUUGGCUUGUUGGAAGCUCGUGGAUUGCUGGAUAAGCUGCAGCCUAUGAACUUUACGACGUUCGCGACUCCCCACGUUGGCGUCAGAGCGCCGCUGAAAGGCUGGAAAGACAGCGUCUUCAAUGUUCUGGGCGCGCGAACCAUCUCACAGUCGGGACGUCAGAUGUUCCUGAUCGAUACAUUCCGUGAUACAGGCCGCCCACUUCUAAGCGUUUUGGCCGAUCCAGAGAGCAUCUUUAUAAAGGGACUGAAGAAGUUCCAACGAAAAAGCAUCUAUGCAAACCUCGUGAAUGAUCGCUCGGUGCCAUUUUAUACUUCUGCUAUUUUGAAAGUGGAUCCUUUCGUGGACCUGACAAAUGUGAAUAUCAACUAUGUCAAGGGCUACGAAGAUGUUAUUGUCGACCCUGAUACUUAUCUAUUACCACCCAAGCAGCGCAAAACUGGACCCUUGGCACAGCGUCUCUGGAAGAAAUGCAAGUCACUGUGCUUCUGGAUUCCUCUAUCCUUACUCCUGGUUGUCCUUGUGCCAUUGGCUUCUACGAUUUUCCUCAUCAAUGCCGGAAUCCAAACAGUUCGCAGUUCCAAGCGCAUCCGAAUGCACGAGAAUGGCACCCUCUUUGGAAAAUACAGAGUGCCUGUGCUGGUCCAGGAUGUCCAACAUGUCGUGGAGCAGGUCUUUGAGAAUGUCAAUGCUAGCCAGGAGCCGGCGUAUCUGUCAAACAGCGAUACCGAGGUCUCUGACUCGGCUGAUAAAGAAAUUGGACCGUCUGCCUCGACUUCUGCCCCGAGUGACGCACAGAUAGAGCCCUCGUCGGCCCGAAGACGCUCAUCCGGGGCAUCAGUGCGCUCCCCCAAACUUGCACUGACGCCAGAGCAAUUCGGAAUCAUCGACUCCCUUAAUGAACUGGGACUCCACAAAUACCCCGUCCACAUACAGAAGAAUCACCACAGCCAUGCGGCUAUCAUUGUCCGGAGUGCUAAGGAUGGGUUUUCCGAAGGAAAACUAGUGAUCAAGCACUGGCUGGACCAUGAGUUCGUUGUAUAA